CAGUUCAAAACACGUGUAUGUAUAAAUACUCCCAUAUAUGAUGAAGAGCUCAAACCCUAAUUUUUUACUCUCUCCAUCUCUAUCCCUAAUCGCCUUCGGAUCUUCAUCUCACUGUUUCGCCGCCAUAUUCUGCCAUGGGCCGCCACGCCAGGAUUAUGUUUCUGCGAGCCGAUGCAGCAUCGACGUCUUAUCUCAGGCACUUGAACCCCGGCGGGCUGGCUCGGUUUAGAUUUUCGCAUAUCAGCGCAAGGAAUCACCCUGCAGUCGGUUCUCGUCCCCGGAUCUAUUCCCUCCACAAUUCUCCGGCUGUCCCGACUCACAUCGUGCCUGGCGACGGUUUUUCUCUGUUCUCCGAUCUAGAUCCGCGGCUCACAAUGUCCUCAGAGGAAGAAACUCGUCGCUGCUAAGGUGGCAUUCUUCUCAAUCUCCAUCCCGACUAGCUUUGUAUAGCAGCCGCACGAAUCGUUAGUUGACUUAGCGCCGCCAAUAGCUACAGCGCACUGGUUGUGCAUUGAGUCCUCAAUUUUCUAUUUUAAGGCAAAUAUAGACUGUUUGCUUUAAAAAAAAAGGAGACUGUAACACUGAACCAGACGAUAUGAAGCAUUAGAUGAAGAAAUUGCAAUAGCUCUUGGUUUUUUGAAGUCACGACCAGAACAUCAUAUAAUAGCUCAAAAUCCCAAGCUGGAUAGAACUCAUACAGGUCUGAUCUCCUGAUUACAUUUUCGAUUCAUGAUCUGUUUCCCUCUAGCACGGUCCAGGUAUUUCUAAUUUUCUGAAAACUGCAAAUUAUUUAAAGAUUGCAUUUUGAAAUUGAAUUUUGAGUGCAUGUUAUAUACCCCGUAUAGGAUUAUCAAGAAAUUUGAACAAUAACUGCAAUCUAAUUAGUAUGAUACUCCGUAGUUUAUUCGGUUUGUUUUAAACAAACAACAAUACAAAUUCAGUAUCAUUUGAUAAAAUGGCUGCAAAUGAUAGUAUAAUGUUCAAUUCACUGUGUCAGAUUUCUCUACUACAUUUUGAUACUUAAUCCUAAAAUAUAUAUUCAUGUUGGAUAAACAAAAUGCAUUUGAAUAUACAAUUAUGGAUUAUUUUCUUGGUUGAUGCUAGGGGCAUGAAAUUGUGCAUUUUAAUAUUUGCCUAUUUCAAUGAUGAUAAAGGUGAAUUUUAAACUAUAUGUAAGUGCAUAUUUUAUUAUUUGAUCUCAAAUUUGAUUUUUCCCAAAAGUAAAUUGAAGAGAUUGAACUUAGCUUGUAAUUAACCAAUUUCCAGAAGUAUAUUGGUCUAAUGAUUCAUAUUUAAAUUAAAUUAUUUUACUUAAUUUUUUUUGAGAUGUCAUCAUAUUUCACUCUGAUAUACUCUUGGGUAAUUAAUACAUUGCAAUACGUUUAUGUGACCAAUAUCUAAUUGCAUACUAUAUUUAGUUUGAGAUUAUAAAAUAAUGUUUGGGUUUUUAAUUUCCCUUUUGAUGUGGUAGUAUAGAAAGUUAAUGAUUCUAUACGCUACAUAUUUCAUUACAUUUUUGUACCUUGGUAUAAAAGAUUUGUGAAAAAAAUGCAUACUUUAUUACUUGAUCCCAAAUGUGAUAAAUGCUUUUGUUGAUUCGUAUAUAAGAAAUACAAAGUACGGAGUAUAUGACAUAUAAAAGAGAACUUCAAUCAAAGUGUCAAAUUCUAUCCUUAAAGUAAAUCAAAUUUGAUAUCUAUUCUAAACUUCAUAAUCUCUCAAAGAGAAUAACAAAAUAGAUUUUUUUUACUCAUGCAUUUACCAUUUUCCUGAAGUAAAAUGGCCUAAUGAUU